AAACAGUUUAUGCAUAAAAUCAUAAUGAAAAUCAUUACAACAGUAUUAGUAUUUCUUUUACUGAAGUGCACGAGUGUUUCAUUUGCUUAUACUGAAUAUGAUGAGGCAUUUGACGAAGAUCUUUACGAAAGAAUGCUACCUGAUGAUGAUAUAAUGCUGAGUCGUAGACGAGAGGAUCCUGUCUUAGACGAGGAAUAUUGGAAAGAUAACGAGAUUGAUGCCAAUGGCAAUCGGUUUAGUCUAUCUACAAAUAUGGACGGUGAUGUUCAGAGUAUCAUCCUAUAUAACGGAAUUGACAUUAAUAAAUUGCCGGCCAAUUACCACAACACAACUACAAUCACUAAAAAGGUUGGAAAUACAACUGUCUCCACUACUGUCAAAAUCGAUAAAACAACUGAUCCGAAGACAGGUGCUGUCUCAGUCUCUGUAAUGCAAUCAUCAAAUGGAGGUGUGCCCCUGAAUCAAUGUUCUGCUUCUUCGCCAUGCAAAAAAGGAAUGUAUUGUCGUAAGCAGUUGGUUGGAGACUUCUGUAGAAAAUGCAGCAACAAAUAUAAAUCUUGUACAAGUAAUGAACAAUGCUGUGGAGCUGAUGCAACUGGCUCACUCUGUGUUCGAGGAACUUGCCAAACUGGAUUCUCGAAAGGACAAGCUGGGACACUUUGCAAGUUUCAAAGCGAUUGCAACACCGGUCUGUGCUGUGCACGAAAAUUUCUACAUCAAAAUGGAGAAUGCCAGAACCUUGCAAAGAAGGAUGAAAAGUGUGCAGCUUCUUACUCGGAGUUGAGCACAAUCAUGCGUGGAGGUUUGUGUCCUUGCAAACAAGGAUUGGUCUGCUCUUCGGGAUCUUGGCUGGAAGGAUUUUUUGGCGGAUCUAUGAACACACUACUUGGAGGAAAUACAUGCAGGUUGCCGAGGAAAAUAACUAACCAUUGGCCAUUUGGUUUUGACAAUGAAGACGACGACGAAGACUUUGAGGACAUCUUGGAAUAGACAAUGAUAUCAUAAACUUCUGAGUAUUAAAAGGAGUUCAAGCAAUCGUUUUCUACCCUCUUAUUUGCGAUACUGCUGUUACGACUCACAUUUAUUUCUUACAUAUCUGGAUGAUUCUUCGAAUGGAAACGUUUUGAACUAAUUUUAAUUUUUAUUAAUAACUGUUUUGCUUGCGAUGAAUUUAGAAUCUCUCGUGUUAUGAUAGGUUUAAAGCAACUGAGAAAUUGCGAAAAAAUGCAGCAGCAAGAUUCUGUUUGGUGGAACUCAUUGAUUAAAUAAUUGACACCACAUUUCAUAUGUGAGCCAUUCAGUGAAAAAUGUUCGCCAUCUCUGAAUAGUGUCGAAUGUACAGAACUUUAUUCAUUAGAUCAGUAUUGUGUGUCUGCCAAUAUACAUAUCAGGGCAUAUAUAUAUAUAUAUAAAUAUAUAUCUCAAUAAAGUAACUAUAGGAACUGAUUUCACAUAUCAAAAUCGUAUCUCAGACCUAAUCACAUAUUCAUUGAUUGCUGUAAAUAUUGAAGUUUAAUUUUAAUUGAUAUUUAUUAUUUUAAUGAAUGAAAACCCAAAUAAAAGAAUCUGUUAUGAUAA